CAAUUCACGUCUUUCCUCCGCGUAAGUUUUAGAGCAGAGAAAAGUGGCAUGGCUGAGUUGCUUUUGGAUCCAAACAUUCGAGGUUGGGUGUUCUUACCAAUCGUAGUGAUAACGUUUCUCGUAGGCAUCAUCCGUCAUUAUGUUUCGAUAUUACUUGCCUCACAGAAGAAAGUUGAGCUUCAUCAAGUACAGGACAGUCAAGUGAUGAUACGCUCCAGAUUACUUAGAGAAAAUGGUCAGUAUAUUCCAAAGAUGGCAUUUAUCAGUAGAAGGCAUUUCUUCAAUAAUGAAGAGACAGGGUAUUUCAAGACACAAAAACGUGCUCCUGUAUCACAGAAUCCAAUGACAGAUCCCAACAUGAUGAUAGACAUGUUAAAGGGAAAUGUAACCAACGUUUUACCAACUGUACUCAUAGGAGGGUGGAUUAAUUGGAUGUUGUCUGGUUUUGUUACUACCAAAGUGCCAUUCCCAUUAACAUUGCGUUUCAAGCCAAUGUUGCAGCGUGGUAUAGAAUUAGUUACUCUUGAUGCUGCUUGGGUUUCAUCUGCAUCUUGGUAUUUCCUCAAUGUAUUUGGAUUACGUUCCAUUUACACACUUGUUCUUGGGGAAAAUAACGCAGCAGAUGCAUUUAGAAUUCAACAGGAUGCAGUGUCUGGGGCUGCAAUGUCUAUGCCACUAGAUCCAAAAGCUGCUUUCAAGUCAGAAUGGGAAGCAUUGGAAAUAUAUGAACAUAAUUGGGCAUUACAAGGUGUUGAAGCAGAUCUUAUAGGAUCUCAAAGGACAGAUACUAGUGAAAAUAGCAAAUAAAGAAAAUACAUUUCAUGUGCCAUUCUGGAAACUAACUGAAGUUUUAAAUAAAUACUAAAUAAAUUAAUAAUUUUAAUUA